AUAGCGACAUAGAGUCAGAGUCAGACCAGCUACACAGAUUAGCUACCGUGUCCUAAGUCAGCUCACGGCGCCGUCUAUUCAACGUUCCCGUCGCAGCCCAGGGUGAAGUCAUGUUCAUCGCUCCUCGUUUUCUGUGCUUGGCGCUGUCCGUGGCUUUUGGAGUUGUCGACUCGAUGCAGAACGGCUCACCGUCAGCCUCGCUCAGCCCGAUCCAUUUCGCUCCGGCGGAGACGAGCGGCCGUAAGCUCCUGCACCUCAACAUGCACUCGCCCGGGCCGUCUGCUCCGGGCGCGGCGCCCACUUCUACCUCCAUAGACGGUCGACUCUCACGGCUGGUGGUGCGCCUGGCCGGCCUUGCCACCAGCGUGGCCCAGCUGGAGGAGACGGGCCGCGAGCUGGAGCGCUCCGCCGAGACCACCAGCAGCGACCAGAACCUGUCGCGGCUCGCCUCGCACGUCAUCAGCCUGCAGCACCGGCAGAAGCAGAAGUUGCAGGAGCUGUCGCACAGCGUCACCGAGCGGCUGACCGUGCUGAAGGCCCACCUGCGCGACCUCACCAUGGAGGUGCAGCAGCUGCGGGGCCUGGCGACGGUGCAGGACGGCUCGCACGAGCAGCGCGGACCCAUCCAGCGCAUCGUCUCCUUCUUCCGCGCCUUCGAGCGGCAGUCGGACCCGGAGCUGCGUCAGGUCCCCAUGGCCAUCCUGCAGAAGGCCAACUACACGAUUAUCGACAUGGUGAGCUUCCAUGCGAACUCUGCCGACCUCGACAAGCUGCUCUCCAUCAAGAUCAUCGAGCCCAAACUGUAAAGAAUCUACUUCACCUUACUCACACGUCUUCUGUUUGAAUUGUGCCACAUAUGGUAUACGUUCAUUUUGACUCAUGCUGCAAAUAGGGCACACAACUAAUAGCUAUGUAGAUGCAUUACAAAUGCAUUCCAUGUAUUGCACAAGGCUACAUAUAUAUCGCAAUAUUCUUUUCGUUCUACCGAUUUGCUACUUCUAUUAUAGUUCAGCAUUCAAUAUGCAUAGUGCAUACUUGUGUAUUUAUCAAUAAAUAAAUGGCAUUUUGAA